AUGCUUGCCGGCACGAGCGCUCGUCGCUCCGGUACAAUUGCCAGUGCAUCGAGCCACUGCCGUCAGUCGCUGCUGCGCUCGCAGAGAAAUUUCUCUUCCUUCACAGCAGCACGGACUCUUCGACACCAUUAUAGACCGGCCAUAAGUAACGGCUCUAGUAUUUGUACGCAACAUCCAGUCCUCAUUCGCCCUUCCCUACUCGCCUCACCCCGAUUAUUUUCCUCCUCCCCUCCUCCCCCCAGCGUCGCCGACACCGCUGCCUCCCAGACAUCAACAGACAAUGGCAUUCAAUCUAUCGAUGCCUUAUCAAACAGCGAAUACGGAGAUCUUUAUCUAUCUCAUAUUCCAGAGACUUUAGGAUAUCUCAAAGAGCUAGGACUGGACUUCGGUUUCGGCCCAUCUUCUUUCAUUCAGAUGCUGCUGGAAACGAUUCAUAUCUACAGUGGAUUACCAUGGUGGGGAAGCACAAUCGCCGCAGCUCUCGUCAUACGUGUCGUCCUCUUCAAGUUCAAUCUUAACGCCUCCGAUACAUCCGCCAAGCUCCGUCAUAUUGACCCUCUAACGAAACCACUUCAGGAACGAAUGAUCGCCGCUGCACAACAAGGAAAUCAGUUGGAAGCGCUCAAAUUCAAACAAGAAAUAUCUCUAAUACGCUCUCAGCACGGUGUUAAAAUGUGGAAAUCUUUUGCUCCGCUCCUACAAAUACCUUUAGGUGUCGGGUUUUUCAGAGUUCUUCGGGCAAUGGCUACUUUGCCUGUCCCCGCCCUCCUGUCGGAACAGUUUCUAUGGAUUAGCGAUGUUUCGCUUGGAGAUCCCUUUUUCAUUUUACCUAUAGUCACUGGGGGUGCAACAUACUUGGCCAUGAAGCGUGGUGGUGAAACCGGUAUGGGGUUGACUGGCGAUACCCCCCUUGGAAAGCUCUUGAUCUACGCAUUUCCCGCUGGUACCACGAUAGCGAUGUGUUUCUGGCCGAGCAUUUUGCAACUAUAUUUCGCCAGCACAGGCACUAUUGCCCUCCUCCAAACAUACUUGAUCACUUCUCCCAGUUUCCGCAGAUUCACCGGUCUCAGCCCUCUUCCACCAAAACCCGCGACAAAAGAUCAAGCUCAAUCCGACAACAGCAACUCAUCCCGUAUUCGUAUCAUCCCUACCACAGCACGGGUAGUAACACCACCACAAGAGCAAAAUGCUGGAAAGCAAAUAUACAGACCACAGGAUGCCAGUAUUAUUGACCGCACCAUUGAUCAUGUAAAGUCUGGCAUCCGCGACAUACGGAAACAAAUGCAGGAAAAGAUGGAUGAAGUCACUGGCGAGAAAAUUGAGAAAAAUGCAGAUGGAACGCCAAAAGCACCAUCGCGCUUGUCGAAGCAAGAACUUGAGAAUGCAAGGAUAUAUGAACAAACACGCCGGGCACAAGUUGAAGGUGAAAGAGAGGUGAGAAACCAGGAGACAAGAAAAGAAUACAAGCACAGUUCAAAGAAAGAUAACAAUUAA